AUGCCGCGGUAUUCGAAGCCAAUCCUCCUUCUGUGUGCAACACAUGCCUUUGCUCUUUUUAGCAUGUAUGGGUUGGCCUACAGGAACGGAUACCUCAAAGCUCUCCUCAGGUUAAAGGACUUUGGCCCUCAUUUGCUGCCUGGUUCUGAAAAUCCAAUACUCAAAACUUACACCGGCAUCGCGCCGCUCGAUAAGCUGAUUACAAUAGCUGUCGUGUUGUUCGCAAAUAUCACCGAUGGCUCAGCACCACACUUUUCCCUAUACGGGUUCCACUUUGGCGGGCAGCUUACAUCGAUUUGGACGGUGUUGAUGAUCGAAGGGUAUAGAUUUGGCAACCGAGGCACACCCCUAUCAUUGUAA